CUAUUUUUGGACUUAACACGGGUUAGCUAAAAAGUCGUGUGGUUCUGCUUUGGGAUUCUCACUUUCAAAUUGUCCUCCUUCAAAAAUUUGAGGAGUGUUCAACUGAAAAGUGUCCGUCUCUUUUACUUUUGACCACCACCAUCAUGACUUUCAACGCGACGACCGUCGCCGCUGCCGCUGCGCACGUGGCCCAGACUUCUGCUCAGCAGCUCUACGCAGACAUUGACCUCACGAAACUUAGUUGGCUUGAGCAGAUGUGGGCUGCCUGGUACAUCUGGAUUGACAACCCAAUUAUUGCAACUGGCCUUAUGAGUUUCUUGCUUCACGAGUUUGUAUACUUUGGACGUUCCAUUCCUUGGAUCAUCAUCGACGCUAUUCCUUAUUUCCGUCAGUGGAAACUCCAGCCUAACAAGGUUCCCACUCCCCAAGAGCAGUGGGAGUGCACGAAAAUGGUGUUGUUCUCGCAUUUCACCAUUGAGCUUCCAGCUAUAUGGUUAUUCCACCCCAUGGCAGAGAACUUUGGUAUGAAUACAUGGCAGGUCCCCUUCCCUUCAUGGACGACUAUGCUCCCGCAAAUCGCUAUUUUCUUCGUCUUUGAGGAUAUGUUCCACUACUUUGCCCACCAGGCGCUCCACUUUGGUCCACUGUACAAGCACAUUCACAAGAUUCACCACAAGUAUUCAGCUCCUUUCGGUCUUGCUGCUGAAUACGCACACCCUGCUGAGGUCUUCAUUCUUGGCACCGGUACCAUUGCUGGACCUGUCUUGUACUGCUGGUACACUCAUAACUUGCACAUUUUUACUGUCUACAUUUGGAUUACGCUUCGUCUCUUCCAAGCUAUCGAUGCUCACAGUGGUUACGACUUCCCCUGGUCGUUGCAGCACAUUAUUCCCUUCUGGUCGGGCGCCGAGCACCAUGACUUCCACCACAUGGCCUUCACGAACAACUUCUCCACCUCUUUCCGGUGGUGCGACCGCAUUUUCGGCACUGAUGACAAGUACCGCGAGUACCGCGCACGCAUCUCUGCUCAAAAGGCAUCAAUGAAGAACAAGAGCAAGGCUGAGCGUGAAGAGGCUGAGCGCAAUCUCAUUGCAGAGAUUGAGGCUGAGGGUCAACGCGCAGAGGCUAUCGCUGAGGGGAGUAUCCCUGCUCCCAAGACUGUCAAAGUCCAGUAAUUGGUGGAUCUAGAUACGGUGAUAUGAUGGACGCAUCUGCAUGAUUUCAUUCAUCCGAUACCCCUAGACGUGCAAUAGUAAAUACAUGGCUUGUUACACAAAUAAUUGUUCCUCCUUUGUUUCGUGGAGUCUAGGAAACCCGAUGUGGCCAUGAUACUAUAAUAAUCCAACUGCGUUCCUGACCUCA